UGAACGUUGGAAAUUAGUUGUCCUUGAGUCAACGCCGGUCUUGUCGAAAUCUAGCGAAGACUCAGUACUCAAGGAUGCCGAUGUGUUGUGGUGGUGUUGGUAGUGCUCGUGAGCCUUCCCUAGAGGAGAAAGAAAAGCUUGGGAAACUGUUAGGUGGUAAUUUAGAAUCUCACCUUGGUCGAAAACCUGCUAAAUUUGAGAUUGUUCAGAUUGCUAGUCAGGUAGUUGCAGGAACAAAUUACUUUGUGAAGGUGAAGAUAGAUGAGAAUGAAUACAUUCAUGCGAAGAUAUUUGAACCAUUACCGUGCCAUGGCACAGAACUUACGUUACAUUCCGUCCUUAAGGAUAAGAAGGAAACCGAUGCCUUGCAGUACUUCUAAUAAUUUUCACUGAUUUUUAUCGACUCUUUUAUGGCUAACGUAAUCAGCUUCUCUACAUAUUUUGGGUGUCAUUAAGCUUAAUUUUGCUAGAAGUUAACUUAAAGUUUGAUUUGCUUUUAUAACGUAAUAACUGCUUAUAAUUUUCAAUGUAUUUUUACUGUCUAAUUUUUCUAAAAAUACCAAAGAGUCAGUUGAUUG